AUGAUGCACGACUUUGGUGUAUCGAGGGGCUAUACCGUCAUCAUUGAUAUGCCCCUCUGCUCUAACCCCUUGAACCUCCUGAAAGGCUCACCGGUGCUGUCGUUUGAAAGCUCUCGGAAGUCAAAGUUUGGAGUAUUUCCGCGAUAUCAACCUGAAGCAGUCCAAUGGUACGAAACCAACCCCUGCUGUGUCUUUCACACUGCCAAUUGCUGGGAAAGUGAAACCUCUGACACAACCCGGAAUGAUCAGGGAACGACCAGCAAUCUCCUCGCCUGCCGUCUGACGUCCGCAUCGCCCGUCUUCCACACGGCAAAUAUCCCAGCGCCAGAAGUCAAGCCCGUCCCGCCGAAAUAUGCUCUGGAACAACAAUGUCGACUGUAUUACUACAGCUUCCCGUUUUCACCAGUCAGCCAUGCGCAACCACCCGGAACAAAAAACCAAUGGGCGUUGUCGGCCAUCGAGCUCGAGUUCCCGAACGUAUCGCCACUAUCUGUAAUGUCGGAGGCACAGUAUGUGUAUGGUUGUUCGGUGAGGUCAGUGUGUUACUCGGUCGAGCUGGGAAAGCAGCCAGGAUCGAAAACCAACGCCAUAGCUCUGAUACAAAGAUGCCUUGAGACGCGGCCGCAACCGAUCAAGGGGUGUGUCGACAAACGGUCUGUUCAAGAGAUCCUUAAGUCCAGCGAUCUCGACGACCCAAUCCAGCUUUUUGCAAUGCCGAAGGGGUGGUAUGCUCAAGAACCCCGAUUCGUUCCGCGCUCGAAUCCCAUACCAGAAGAUGACGGGUUUGUACUCAGCUCCGUGUUUGAUGAAAGCCAGCUGGACGAGCGAGGGUCGUGCCGAGACGGUGCAAUCGGUGAGUUGUGGGUGACAGACGUGAAGGAUAUCAGAACGCUUUUGGCGCGUAUCAAGCUUUCGCAGUGGGUGCCGUAUGGGUUUCAUGGGUGUUGGUUCAGCAAGGACGAAGUGAUGGCACGGCGGCCAUACACAACCCGAGAAUCGACUGAGGAAGGAAACACGCACCCGUGGCUACUUGCCCUCACGGCGGUAAUUCCAACCGUCUAUGCUUCUCGACGCGGUUCAACAAGUGAAUGCUCCCCCGCCUCCUUCGACAUUGUAGCCACCGCCGAAAAUGCCAUCUUGUCUCCAUCUUACGACCCCAGCAAUGAAACGUCCAUCAUUAACUUCAUCAACGCAUUGGCCAGGGGCGAGGUGAACCCCGUUGUCGGGUUUCAGAACAUCAGCGGCUCCUUCGUCAUCAACGGCAUCUACUGCAAGCCCACCAAAAAGGUCAAGAAAAAGCGCAACGCCCUUCAAAUAUUGGUUCACGGCAUCACCUAUAACAGCAGCAUGUGGGGUGGGUAUCACUUUGGUGACCGCUACAACUGGCACGCCUAUGCUAAUGGAGAGGGGUAUCACACCCUCGCCAUUGACAGACUUGGCCACGGCCUCAACUCAAAGGCAUUGGACCCGCACAAUGUGAUUCAACCUAUGCUCCAGGUGGAGAUUUACAAGGAGCUGAUCCAGUCUAUCCGUUUCAACACCGCUGCCAACUCCCUUCGGAAGAGGUUUUCCAACAUCAUCUGGGUCGGCCACUCCUACGGCUCCCAAAUCGCCCUCCCACUCGCACGACUCUGCCCAAAUCUCACCUCAGCCCUGAUCUUGACAGGCUGGUCCUCCACAACCAACCUCAGCGAGGUGCAAAAGUUCAAUCUCGCCUCUGCUUCUACUCUUUAUCCCUCUCGGUUUCCUGGCCUGGAUAAAGGCUACCUAGCCAUGGCUGACGAGAGCCUACGUGCAAAAAUGUUUUACUAUGGUGCUUACGACCCAGCAAUCCCCGCGUUUGACUUUGCAAACCAGGAUAUUGUCACGAUUGGUGAGUUUGCCGCUAAUGCAGGACCGUUUGGGAUACCGCCUGCGGCGUACAACAAGCCGGUUAUGGUUAUUACUGGUGUGGAAGAUGGUGUGUUUUGCGCCCAACCUGGAGUCGCAGCAAGGGAGUGUGAGGAGUUGUUGGAGAAGACAAGGACAGACAUGUUUCCGGGUGUGCCGGGGAGGAAGUAUGAGUAUUUUGCGCCGAGGAAUACGGGGCAUGAUUUGACGCUUCAUUAUUCGGCCAGGGAGACUUUUAGGAGGGCUCAUGGGUUUUUGGAUAAGUACUUUUAGGAGGAGUUCUACAUGGCGGGUUGAGACGGCGAGGGAAUCGAGGUUUGUGGUUGGUAGAUCCCUGGACAGCUGUUACACGUAGCUACACCAGAAACAAGUCAAUCCCCCUCACAUGAUAAAUGCAUAAGCCCCAUCCCAACAAUCAUCCCACUUCCUUUCCCUUCCUCCGACCCAGAACCGCUCCAGCAAUCUCUUCGCCACCAAAGGCGGUGAUAUCCCUUGGUCACGAGCCAUAUCAACCAAACACCGCCCAAUAUACUUCUGCACGUCCGCCCCAGCCCUCGCCGCCUCCACGCCAGCUACGAUCAACGGCCAAGUCAUCCUCUUCCUUGCCCUCGGUGUAGUCAUUCCCGUCUCCAAUAUCGAGAACAAAGCCUGGGCGUACUUGGCUCGCAACACCUCCACUUCCCGGGUUGACUUCAAAGCCCCGGUGCUCACCAACGAUAGUAUGCAGUACAGCGCAACGCUGGCGUGAAACACGCGGCCAAUGACAAGAAACUCCUCCCUGCUGGCAAAUACUGACUUUUCCAGAUUUGACGUCCAGUUCUCUGGGGAAAAGAGCUCUAUCUGGCCGAGGAUGCCGAGGGCCGCUUGCUUUGUUUUCGGGUGGGAAGGCUCUCGAGCGCGUAGCUCGUUGAUGAGGAUUAAUUUGAUAAAGAGGGGGGUUGGACAGGACAUGGGGGGGAAGUAGACUUCGGUGUAGUAAUCCUCCGUCAGGCGGAGGGUGGUGACUGUGUCGGCGACUUGAAACUGGUUGUCGGGGGGGCUGGUGGUGUUGGCUAGUACCGCGGUGCUGUUGGUGGUGUUAGUAGGAGUUUGGGGAAAGGGGGACGGGAUAAACUGACAUCAUCAGCCCUACCAAACUCGGCCUCAUCUGAUCACACCUGUCUAUUAUCUCCAGAAACCCGCCGUGAAACUCCAGCAAGGUCAUGAACCCGUCCACGUGCGUCCUCCAAGAUGGGGUCAUGGAUUGUUGGAGGAACGCAAAGAGGAAGGCAUACACGCUUACGACGGCUUCAAGACCGCGGCGGGUUUCUUCAGCGUCGAGUAAUUCGUGAAUGGCGCGGAUGGUGAUGCCGCGGUGGUGGUAAAAUCUUUGCAAGAUGGGCUUCACCAGGUCGAUUUCGGGACAGCAGUCGGACAUUUGCAUGAUUCGGUGGUUGAUGGUGACUGAAACCAGCGUGUGGAGGAUAGACAGCGGGAUGUCUUCUACCGUCAACAUCGGAAAAACAAACUGGCUCGGGCCGAGCUGGUGAGACUGGAGGUCGGGAUAGAUCCGGGCGUUGUCUAGAUCACGGCAGUUAGCUCCCGGAGCCCACAACACUAGAGAAUAUCCCAGUCCAACCCACAAUACAACAUAGCCUCAAUAAUAUCAAACAUUUCCGGCCGGAGAGUAGGAGUGAUAGGUGGAGUUGCCGGGUGGUUGCGGUGGCGCUUCUGGAACUCGGGGGGCGUGAGAGGAGCCUGUCUCUUUGGACUAGGACACGACACUUGCAGCCGGAGAGGUGGUAACCGCCCUUGACCCUUCCGCUUCUUCGGCCGGGACAUGACCUGCCCCGGGGCUAGCCAUUGCAGUGGCUUUUUGUCUGCAUACCCGGGACAGACGAUGCCAGCGGUCCGGCACUUGUUGCAGACGGGUUGUUGACCGUCACACACGACCCGUCUCCGUCUGCACUCCCAGCAGUGCUGGUGACGCAGGUUAGCAAGAUUGGGCAUCCUGUGGGUGUUACUGACGUGGCUAAACGGGUGGAUGCAUCGUGGAGAGAGGAAACACGAGGGGGAAGUCGCAGUUUGGGAGUUGACCUUACACCAGAGCCAACCUCACCCCUGCUCAAGGGGGGUUGGCCUUGUGGGUUGAAGCCUGCGGGGACAGGCAUGCCUCCCGCUGUCUUGGCUUCUUGGCCAUCUAUUCUCCUGAAAGGGGAUGGUUCGAGAUCUUUGUUCAGUGGGUCUUCAUGGCUAACGAUGGUCCAAUGAGACGGCAUGUCAUGUAAGACGGCUAUCGAAUUCGAGAAAGCGAGGCACUGCCUUCGGAGUCUGGACUGGUGAAAUGGGUGAGAGACUGAUGAAAGGCGCGUCUCCGGUUGCAUGGGUACCUAGAUAGCCUUAUGGGGCUAAAGAAAUUGCGGAUCACCUUUUCAUCAUGCCAGGGGUUUCCUGGAUGCAAGGUUCAACACCCGAACUCUCAGCAUAUCACCAACUCUCUCUCUUUCUAGGUAGCUUUCAUCCAUUGACGUUGACCGGUACUCUGUACAAAUCCCAUAUCCAACCUCCGUUCCCUCCCAUCAAGAAGGCUGAAUAUCUAAGGUACUCCGGUCAGCCCCCCUUCACCCCAGACAAAGAACGAGGCAUAAUUACCCCUACAAUAACUCACAAGCAGAAGAAAAAGGUCCCUUAGGCGGAUACUCGUCAUACUCCUCCGGCGCACCC